GUCAAUGACGUGGCUUUGAUUCGCGUAAAUAAAAACAUCGCGUUCACCAAUUUGGUUAAACCAAUCGCAUUGGCUUCGGGCAGCAAAACCUACGAAGGAUCUGCAUGCAUUCUGUCUGGUUGGGGUACCACCAGAGUCAACGGAAAAGAACCAACCAUUCUGCAAUGGAUUAACUUGAUUAUCGAGACCAAUGCUAAGUGCAAACAGGCCCAUAGGGAAGUGCAAGCCUCCCACAUUUGCUCGUACACGAAAGUCGGUGAAGGUGCAUGCCACGGUGACUCUGGCGGUCCUCUCGUUAUUGGUGGAACUCAAGUCGGUAUCGUCUCCUUCGGACAACCCUGUGCUGUCGGCGAACCUGACGUAUAUACCAGAGUAUCAUCUUUCACUGACUGGAUCAAGAAUCAUCAAAACUACAUGAACCAGGAUCUCCAAGAACCACCAGCGGACGGUGUCUAC